AUGAUAAGAUUGGCAAACAUCAGGAAGUCCUUUCAACAAAAAUUGAGGGAAAAUUAUAAUGACACCCAGGAACAAGCAAACCUUGUGAUGCAUGUGUUAAAAAGAAAGAGGACCCAACUUGUUGACACUGUUGAAUUGAUUGAGAAAAAUAACAGAGCAAUGUCUGAUUAUAGUCUGAUUGACAACUGCAGAGAACUGAAAAAACUGUUGUCUGAAAUCAAAAAAUACGAGUAUCCGACGGAAUACAAACGGGGGAAAAUUUAUGACGAUUUACUUGAAAAUUCUGAAAAUGUUAGUUUGGUUUCAAAGGAAAUAGACUCAUUUCAAUAUAAGGACAAUGCAAUACUUAUCCUUGAGGCAUUUGGAGAAGAUGAUAGUUACGUUCAGUCCUUUUUCUCGAAAUCCACUUGUCAGGUCAACAAAAAAGGUGUGACGAAAAAGAAACUCAAACUAAAAAUUUUCGAUAUCUGCGUUUUAGAUAAUGGAGAGGUGUAUUUCACUGACGAUAGGAACUUAAAUAUCUUUCGUUUUUCCAAAACAGGAUCAGUCUCCGAAGUCCUUGAUUCAGAUAUAGAAUACAUGAAACCACUAGGAAUCUGUCAAUCAGUGGAUGGUGGGCUUCUGGUCACUAUGAUGGACACUGAGUCAAAGUUUUAUCAUUUAAUGAAUUGGAGCUUCCGUUCUGUAGAACACUUAACGUUGACUGGAGAUAUCGAAAAUCUUCACCUAAACAGUAAAGACAAACCACUGUUAAUUUACCCAAGGCGAGUCACACAGAAUGGCAACGGUGACAUAUGCAUUGUAAACUGGAGAAAUUCUUCUGAAGGAGAUUUGGUCAUUUUGACUUCUUCUGGGAUACUUAAGUCCGUUUAUCGGGGACAAAACAUUGUAAAUAACAGCCCCUUUCAAAACUCUUCGGUGGUCUUUGAUCCUUAUGACGUGGUUUGUGAUUCCCUCUGCAACAUUCUUGUUACUGAUGCUAGGAAUCACAAAAUCCAUUUAUUAGAUCCUGCAGGAAAAUUCCUUAAAUUUUGUCUUACAGAGAAAGAAAUGAUUUUUCCAACUUCUUUAUCCCUGUAUAAGUCGACACUGUGGGCGGGAAAUACGAGAGGACAGGUCAAAGUUUUCCAGUAUAGUCAUGCUUUUAGUAUUAAGAUUUAA